AUGGUGGAGGAUCCAGAGGACAACGCCGAGCAGGACGAUUGGGGCUGGGACGACUGGUCCCAAUGGGGCUGGCGUGACUAUGGCCAACAAUGGUGGCAACCGGACCGCGGGAACCGCGGCGGGUCCACGCGUGGAUCCACAGAUAUGGGCAGCUGGGCUGCCGACGGCGUGGACGAUGCCACCGUGGAGGCAUCCCAGUUCCUCCCCGACUUCGUCCUGGCGUGGAUGCUCCUCCAGCGCUCGGGCCUGGACCAGACCGAGAAGGGCUCGCUCAUCGCCAACUUGAAGAACGAGUUCACCAUGUCACGGGUGAAAGAGAUCCUGCGGUUGAACUGGCCGGACGAUGAGCUGAAGCGGCGAGACACCAGUCGUGGCUCGGCGCUCCUGGCCACGGGGCUGGAAGAGGAGGACGAGGCCUACGCGGCCACAGUCCUCGACAUCCACGACGCCCUCUUGGCCGACGAGAACGCGGCCGAGUACCAGGCGCUUGAGGUGGAGGCCCAGGAGGCCUACCAGGCGCUGCAACAGCAGCGCAACACCUUGCGCCAAGCCAGGGAGAAGCAGCAUGCUAUGCGCCAGAACCGGCGCUUCUUCGGCGGCAACCGUGGCCCGCCACCAGGAUCCCGGCCAGGGCCGCAGACGAGUGGCAUGGCGCCAAAGUGCCUCAAGUGCGGAGGCAAGCAUUGGACGCGGCAGUGCGGCCAGGAUCCGGCGGCCAACAAGCAGGGCACCGCCAACCUCGUGUUCAUGAUGGAGACAGAGAGCGCAAUGGCGACGAGCACAGUGGAGACGGCACUGGCCUCAGGGAAGGCCAUUGUGGACGGUGCGCCGAACAUCAUCCAAUGCUUCAUCGUGGCGCACCAGCCAGGAAGAGUCGGGGCCUUCAUGGUGGUUUUCAGAUGGUCCAGCAGUGCUUCCACGCCCUUGGGGCUGCUAUCAACCUUGGUGCGGCCGUCUGCCGCUUUCUCCACUCGAGAGUCUCGGCGAAGAGUAGUCGUCCUUGGAAAGUUCUACGGUAAUGUGCCUCGGAAGUUGUCAAUGUUCGUGCAGAAGGCAAGGGAUCAGUACGUAUGUGAUUGGAAAAAGGUGGAAGCCAUCGACGAGUUCUGGUCGCACAGCUGGCAAGCCUCGCCCUUCUGGAAGAUUUGCCUCCUCCUGGCGCUGAAGAAUGGCAGGGCAGCGUGUGUGCUGGGAACCAUCUCUGCAUGCCUCGGAGCCUUUGCCACCCACGCCGGGCUGUUGCCAACCGUCAUCUCCAAGCUAUUUCCGCCACCGUAUCGAACACCGGGGUUUCAUUUCGAGCACGACUUCAGCCCCUGGGCACUAGUUUCUGGCAUCGUUGCUGCGCUCCUGACCUUGCUGCUCUGGCAUCCCAGAGGGCACGUCUUCGUGGACAGAGCUUGCAUCCAUCAGGGGGAUGCGCGGCUGAAGGCCGAAGGGAUCAUGAAUCUCGGGGCCAUGCUGAAGCGGUCGAAACGGCUUCUCGUCGUCAUUGACCGGACCUACCUACAGAGGCUCUGGUGUGCCUUCGAAAUUUCAGCAUUCUUGAACACGCACCAGAACGACAGGCUUGCUUCGCUGGUGAUACUGCCUCUAGGCCUCGCGAAGUCCAGCCUGUUCUUCGUCUUGGGGGGGUCCGUGCUUCUCCUGGCUGAUCUCUGUGCGCCGGUAGCUGCGGGCGUUCCGUUAAGAGGAAUAAUCGUGACUAUCUGGUGCAUCGGGUUCAAUUCAAUUUUCAAGAUCUAUUGGAACGAGCUGGCCGCUGUAGAAGAAAUGUUCGACAACUUCUCCUGGAACAACUUGAAGUGCUACUGUUGCGAGCUUAACCACGACGUCGACGGCACCACUAUACCAUGCGAUCGUGAAAUGAUUGCUGCUUGGAGGCAGUGCCUGCAUUACAGGGAUGUGGUGGACUUGGAUUUUACCGGCCAGCUAUGUGGUUUAUGCCAGGAUUGCACAGUGGGUCAGAAAAUCGCCAACGUGGUGGAGGUCCGCGCGAAGCAGCUGCAGAACACUUUGCAAGAGCAAGAAGCUCAGCUGCGAAGGCUCGAGGGUGCCGAGUCCUCGAAGAGCGAGGACCGCAGCCUCUGCGUCAAGGAGCUUGAAGAGGAGCGCUCGGGUCGCUCUGGUGCGGAAGACUCUCUGCAAAAGGCCCUCGCGCAGAUUGCUGCGCUCAGGGAAGAAGUGACGGAACUGGAGGAGGCGGCCUCAGUGGAAGCCUCGCGUUCCUCCAGGCUCGACGGCAGGUGUUCAGCGCUGGCAGCCGAGUCAAAAUCCCUCCACGACGAGAUUUCAAGCUUCACGGAGUCGCAGCGACACUGGCGUGAGGCCGAGGAGGAGCUCCGAGCCGAGCUCCAAAAGAGGGAGGAAGAGCUGACGAGGCUACACCAGCAGGUCCGCGAGGGCGCGGAGGAGCGCGCAGAUUUGCAGGCCCAGAAGGACUACGCCUGUACCGAGCUGCAGGCUGCUAACCAAGUGGCGGAGGCUCUGAAGACCGCUGGGGCUGCCAUGGAGCCGCCCAGCGGUCGACGACGGAAGCCAAGGAGGUCCCGCGGGAUCGACCACGAAACGGCUUCCCAAGGCAGUUUCGUGAGCGAAUCGGACGCAGGAGGCAGUGUCGCUGCAUCCGAGGUCUCGAAGGCCGAGGAAAUCAGACCACGGAAGCGCGAGUCCACAAAGGCCCGGCGGCUGUCUGAAAAGCAAGACACCCCGCCUGCAGCCGCCACCAACGUGAGAGAGGAGGAGGAGGAGCCAAAGAGUCACUCCUCUCCGCAAAGCGUUGAGGUUCCGAUCCCUGAUGUGCCCUGGGCAGAGUCACCCGACCAAGCGCCAAUCAAGGCUUUCAACUUCGACAAAGCCGUGGAAGGUCCGCUGUCGCCGGUGCAAGAAGAAGUACCACGGGCGACCAUUCGGGAGACCGGUCCUCCGGAGACAUCACAGGAGCCUCCCGAGGAAAUGGCUCCCCAGCCUUCCCCACAGCAGGGCAAGGCGGCUGCACCUGCAGCGCCUGAGCCACACACGGAUCCAGCAGCGAAGGUCUUCCAGUUUGACUUCAGCGUCUUCGACUUCUUGAAGCAUGAGGCCUUGCAAACACCGCCGGACAGCCCUGUUCCGGGCCUGUUACCGGAGGCGCCAUCGGUAACUUCUCACCCUGUGGUCUUUCCUCCCAGGUCUCCAGAAAAGGCGCCCGAAGGUACAGAGGCCGCUGCACGCCACAGCGUGCUUGAGGAUUCCCCACUGCCGCACGGCUCAACGCGAAGUCGGGACGGCGCAGAUCAGGUGAGUGGCCACACGUCCCCGGGUGCCUGGGGAGAUGCUUCCUGGGGUGCUGGUGAGACGGCGGACGGCCGCCGCUGGACAGCGCGAGCGUGA